UUAAAUCAGCACUGUACACGUAAGUGAGAGAAUUUAUGAGAGAAUUGACGAUAACUCACUUUGUUGCUUUAUCAUUCGUGAGGAAACCUGGAGGCUCGUAAAACAUUUUUUUGCUCAAAGCGGUGACUGUUUGCAGAACCAUUAACUGAUUUGAGCAAAAAGCUUUGCCAUCUUUUUGCCGGUGAUCAAAAAUGCCAUUCCAAUUUUGGUAAUCUGACUACGUGUACAAACAUAUCUAGUUAAUGCGUUCAGCUCAAACAUGCUGGUCAUAUUGUCUCGAGAACUGACGACUUUUUCUCUUAAGUAAACACCGAGAUUUUAAAAAGCAAACAUCGCACCAGACUUCAUAAAACUCCUUUUGCUUUGGCGCCCGUCAAAGACAAUUCAGUUGUUAAAGUUAGUGAUUAAAAGUUGAGUUGAAUUGUACUAGUUUCUUUACCUAAUUCCACCGAUGUCAAUUAUGUGUUAACCCUCUCUUAUCUGUAUUGAUACAAGCUGUUACGUUCAUUGGAAUAAGUCUACAACUUGACGCUUUUCAUCUUCAGAUGUCAGUUUGUUAUGGCGUUUCGGGCCACGAGCGCCUUUCAAAUAUUCGCAAGGUCUUCGUUCUUCUCUUGGGACUUUCACUGUACGUUCUAAUUGGCCUGAAUGACACUUUUUGGACCCCUUUUGUGCCAUCGGAACUUGCCAAACGAGGCGUGUCAAAAACAAUGAUCGGCAUCAUUGUCUCUGCUUCCGACUUUGCAGGACUUGUCACGACUGUAUACUUCAUGUUCUUCUUCGCUAACAUCGAGAAACGCAAAUUUCUGUUCUGCUUUGGAGAGGUCAUUGUAGCAAUCGGGUGCAUGCUAUUUGGACAGCUAGAUAAAGCAGCUUCUGGAACCUGGUUUGUUAUCAUGUGUAUCAUAACGCGAUUUGCGAAAGGGUCUGGAAUUACCCUCAUUUGGUGUUCCGGAGCACCACUUCUUAUUGCGAUGUUUCCCAAAUGGACGGGAAGUAUCUGCAGUUGGAUUUCGCUCGCAAUGGCGAUCGGAAUCAUCAUUGGAGCUCCUUUUGGUAGCUGGAUCUACUCUUUAGGGGGAUAUAGUUUGCCGUUUUGGAUAGUGGGUGGAGCUCAGCUGGUGUUUCCUGUUCUCUGCUAUAUUGGAAUUCCCCAGCCAAACUCACAGGAUGAUAAUGAAAGUUUCACACCAAGUGUGAGAACAGCAAUGCAAUUUUUAACUAACGGUGGAGUUAUAUGUUUAUCAAUUGCGGCAACAUUUGCAGCAUCAUCGCUAGGAUUUUUUGGAGUAGCAUUUUCCCCACAUUUGAACGAUGCAUAUGAAAUAACGAGUACAGAAGCUGGAAACUAUUUCCUCCCUUUCACAAUUUUACGCGCCGUGAGCGCGCCCAUUAUUGGAAUUCUUGUGGACAAAGGUUUUGCUAGUAUCAUUUUUACCUUCUGUGGCUGUUUGCUGACUUCUCUUGGGUUCUUUGUUAUUUUUAUCUCACAGCAGGCAAACCACUUUCUAGGUAGUUUAGGCAUGCUUGAGUUUGUAAUUGCUGUGAUCGGAAUAAGUUCAACCGCUGCAUUCAUACCGCUCAUUCCCCUUUUGCGAAAAAUCUACCCAUUAACUGAAGGCUAUACUGCAGUAAUGGUGGAUAACUAUGCUGCAGUAAUGUAUGGCCUGUGCUUCGAAGUGGGGCUCAUCAUUGGCGAAGGCGUUGUAGGAGGCAUAAUCCUGCAACAUUUUGGCUUUUACACAGCAUGUCUUGCAAUAACACUGAUAUGUGCACUAACAGGAUCCAUCGGCAUUAUCUAUUUGAUCAAGAAAAGAUUGUUGUUCAGAGUUGAAAGCAGCCAAUCUACUUACAUCAUUCAAGCAGAUGAAACUGUUGAAAAUGGCUCAGUCGUAGUCCUAUCAAACUCAAAAAUAGGGAAUGUAAAUGGAGCCCGGGUUGUGUUUUGAGUGUUUGCAUAUAUGUUUAAAAUAUAUAUAAAUUGCUAUUCGAAAUUUAUGUAGUUUUUAAAAAAAUUGUUUUUUUUCUAACAUCCGAUUUCAACGUAGUGUUCUUUCUUUGGUUGCGAUUUAAAGUGAGCAUAAUGCGUGUGGUCAUU